UUCGGCGUGUGCGUGUGCGUGUGUGUCCUCGGCCUCGCGGUUCGGGGCUCGCUCGGGCCUGGCCAAGCAGUUGGGCAGCGUGUCGGCGGCGGCGGCGGCGAGGAGCACGACGACGAGGCCGGGCGGGGAAGACAUGUUGCUCUUCGUGGAGCAGGUAACAUCAAAAGGAACAACUGGUUUAAAUCCUAAUGCCAAAGUUUGGCAGGAAAUUCCUCCAGGAAAUACUGAUGCCUCUUCAGUAACUCAUGGAACUGAAAGUUUGUGGCCUGAAACAAUAGCUUCAUCAGGUUCUCAUCCUGAGGGCAGUACAGAACUUACCGAUGAUAUAUGUAAGGAGUAUGAAGUAAUGUAUUCAUCUUGUGAGGUCACAAGAAAUAGUACAGACAUUGAAGAAUCAACAGAUGGAAUGAUUGUAGGGCCAGAAGAUCUGAGUUACCAAAUUUAUGAUGUUUCUGGAGAAAGCAAUUCAGCAAUUUCUACAGAAGACUUAAAAGAAUGUCUGAAGAAGCAAUUAGAAUUCUGUUUCUCACGAGAAAAUUUGUCAAAGGAUCUUUAUUUGAUCUCUCAAAUGGACAGUGAUCAGUUUAUUCCAAUUUGGACAGUUGCCAACAUGGAAGAAAUUAAAAAACUGACCACAGACUUGGAUCUAAUUCUUGAAGUAUUAAGAUCCUCUCCCAUGGUACAAGUUGAUGAGAAAGGAGAGAAAGUGAGACCAAGUCAUAAACGUUGUAUUGUUAUUCUUAGAGAGAUACCUGAAACAACUCCAGUAGAGGAAGUAAAAGCUUUGUUUAAAAGUGAAAACUGUCCUAAGGUAAUAAGUUGUGAAUUUGCCCACAAUAGCAACUGGUAUAUCACUUUCCAGUCAGAUACAGAUGCACAACAGGCUUUUAAAUAUUUAAGAGAAGAAGUUAAAACAUUUCAGGGCAAGCCAGUCUUGGCAAGGAUAAAAGCCAUCAAUACAUUUUUUGCAAAGAAUGGUUAUCGCUUAAUGGAUUCAAGCCUGUAUAGUCAGCCCAUUCAUACUCAAGCACAGUAUGCCUCUCCCAUUUUUAUGCAGCCUGUAUAUAAUCCUCACCACCAAUACUCCAUUUAUAGUAUUGUGCCUCAGUCUUGGUCUCCAAAUCCUGCACCUUACUUUGAAACACCACUGGCUCCCUUUCCCAAUGGUGGUUUUGUGAAUGGCUUUAAUUCACCAGGAACUUAUAAAACCAAUACUGCUGCUAUGAAUAUGGGCCGACCAUUCCAAAAAAAUCGUGUGAAGCCUCAUUUUAGAUCAUCAAGUGGCUCAGAACAUUCAACAGAUGGCACUGUGUCAUUGGGGGAUGGACCGUUAAAUAGGUCUGGUUCAAGGAACUUUCCAACUGAACGACUUAACCCUUCAUUAACAGUGCAUCAGGAACAAAAUUACCUUCCUAAAGAAACCCUCACUUUUCAAAUGGAACAGAAUGGGGACUAUAGUAGGGGCAGGAGAACUCUCUUCAGAGGUCGACGACGACGAGAUGAUGACAGAAUUCCAAGACCCCAUCCUUCCGCAGCCGAAGCAAAGGCUCCAACACCAAAGUUUGACUUACUAGCCACCAAUUUUCCUCCUUUACCUGGAAGUUCUUCAAAAACACCUGGUGAACUUGUUUUGGAAAAUAGGAUGUCUGAUGUUGUUAAAGGUGUCUACAAAGAAAAGGAUAAUGAAGAGUUGAGAUUAAGUUGCCCAGUGCCUAUAGAGGAUGAAAAUAUAGAUUGCACCUCUGUCCAGCAGCUCAGUCUGAGUUCUAGUCCUCCAUGUACAGCUGACCUUCCUGCAUUAAGUGCAACCCAGCAAGAAAAAGAGUUAGUUGAAGUUUCCACUGUUCAGGAGGAUGUUUUCAACCAAACAGCUAUACCAGUUUCUUCCCCAAGUACUGUAAAGCCAUCAAGGAUAAAUACCACUUCACUAUGUAAUAGUAAUAUAAGCCCAGCUGUAACUGUGGCUCUCCAGGAGCCCCGGAAGUUAAGUUACGCCGAAGUGUGUCAGAAACCCCCUAAAGAGCCACCUCCAGUUCUUGUGCAGCCUCUACGAGAACUUCGCUCCAACGUAGUGUCUCCUACCAAAAGUGAAGAGAAUGGAGCUCCUGAGAAGUCCAUUGAAAAACCACAUGAGAAAACAGAGACAAGGGCUAGUAAAGAAUGUUCUGGCUUUCGAGGCAAUACCAUUCCCAGGGGAGCAGCUGGAAAAAUCAGGGAACAGAGACGUCAGUUUGGCCAUAGGGCUAUACCUCAGGGAAUGACUCGACGAAAUGGCAAAGAGCAGUAUGUGCCACCCAGAUCACCAAAGUAAAAAACAAAACAAAACAAAACAAAACAAAGCAAAAACAAAACCUAUUCAAAAACCUUUCUUCCCGUUAAACUUGAGCCAUUGCUAUAUUGAACUAUUUUGGAGGAGUGGGUGGCUAGGAAACAGGAAAUACAUCCUUAUUUAGGGAUAUCGAACUUGUGAGCAGUAGAUUCUCAAAAUUCAUCUCUAAAGUGAUUUUAAAAUGCUGGAGGAUUUCAAUCAGUAUAAAUAUAUAUAUAUACAUAUGUAAACAUAUAGAAUAUAAUUUUUCUAUUUUUGUUUUUUAUUUUAAUUUGCAGAAAUCUUCUGCCUAUAAUCAAUUUUAAGGGUUCAGAUUUAGCUUGGGGAAAAACAUUAUAUGUCCUUCAGUAUAGGAGUUGAGGGAGUGAGAGAAAAUAUUUUUUGAAGAAGCAUUUCUGUAAAAUUAGAAAUUACUUUUUUAAAUCUAUUUAAAGUUUGGCUUGGAGAAUGCCAUCUCUGCCUAUAUGGCCUUGUGUUGGAAUGUGGCUGGGUGCCUGUUUGUGUGAGUGUGCAAGAAUGAGUGAAGCCAAAACUGUUCUCAUGUUAGUAAAUGAUUUGAAAACUGAAUGUAAUACUUGAGUAGUAUAUUUUUCCCAGUUUGAAAAUCAGUCUGUGUCCUCGACUUUAUUAAUACUUCAUCUACAAGCUAUUAAACAAUGAUUGUACUUAGAGAUGUAACUACCAAUCAGUUUGAUACUCAAAGAAUGGGGGCUAGUAAUAAUAGUCUUGGAUCUGAGCAGAUAGGCCAGGUAAACCUCAGAGAUUUCAACUGCCCUGUGAUUUUCCUCUUCCCUAAAACAUACCAUUUGGAUUGUUUUUGUUUUUGUUUUGUUUUGUUUUCAUUGUCACUCUUACGUUCUUUCACUGCAUCCCCCAAAACAGAAUAACCACCUACCUACAGAAUUGUAUGUUUCUGUUUUGCCCAGUCUAGUUAAAUCUUAUAAAUGUUAUAAAUUUCUGAAUCGAGCAUUUUUCUGUUCCUAUGUUUAGAGUUUUAAUAGUAGGGCAAACUCACCCUACAGUAACUUAUUUAUGUUAGUAUUGAAGAUGAAACAUUGUAAUUGAGUCCUAUAAUGUUAAAUAGUAUAGAAAAAAGGGGGAAAAUUGACGCUGAAUUUGGGGUACCUUUUUUUCUGUUUACAAUAUAUCACCUCAAAAAGAAGUAUAGUUUGGAUACACAGACCAGCAUAUCAAAAGAUUUAUGAGUUAAGGUGAAAAAGAAAAUUAAUGCAUAAAUUAAUGCAUAAAUUUUUGAUAAGUUGUAACUCAUACAGGCAAGUUUACAUGCUGGUGUUUAGAAAAUGACUAAAAUAUUAAAAACCAUGUUGCAUUAAUCUUUUUUCAUACUAUUUCAGAGUUCUAUGUAUGGUGGAGUUUUAUAGUUUGUACUAGUAUUAACUGUCCCUUCUGUUAAUAAAUUACAUAUGUACAAAUUGAAACUGUAAAUUGUGAACACUGGAAAACACCAUUGUGACAUAGAAUAAACAUCUUGCUUAGUAAUAUAUUAAAAUGAAUAUAAAUGGAAAUUAAAAUUACAUUACUGUGAAACUCAUCUUCCAACUCUUAAGCUUUGGAGAUUUGCAUUAGUAUGUUAAUUGUUCAGAGCAUUGAAAACAUUGCACAUUUCUGUAAAACCCAGAAUCAUUUCUUUGUAACUUAUUAUUCAGCUUGGCAGUUGCUUUAGAUUUGGUUAAUUGACAACAUGAUAUAUUUAAGCAUUUUUAAGCUAUUCAUUUAUUCACACUAUUUUUUCAAAUCAUACAAGCUGAAGCAUACAAUAAAACUACCUGUGCUGAAAUUUGGGGAAAAUUUAGAUCCUUUUAGAUUAUUAAAAUAGUUUUAAUGAUCAUUGAACUACAUCUUUGAUUAAAGUGCUUACUUGCUUUACUUAGAUAAUGCUGCAGUUGGUAGAAAUGAUAAACAUGUAAAGUGUUAACACUCUGUGAAUGUAUUGGAUUUAAGAGAAUAAACAUUUUUUAAAGAUCA